UUCUUCUCACUGCCCAACAAUUUACGGUCAAAAUUUGCCAACACAUACCAUUUUGUACCUGUAAAUUGUAAAUUUUUCAAGGGAAACGUGCAAAUAAACACUUAAAAUGUUGCCGAAACUUAAAAUAUCAGCAUUUCUGUUGAAGAAUAACUUUAAUUACCCUAGCGUCUCGAGCGCAUCAAACAGCAAUGCAGUGGCUGCCUCUUUGGAGUGCUAUAUGGAGAAGGCACAUUGUUACUUAUGGGGUUUAAUGUUGAGUCCACCAUUGGACAUCUGAAUUACGAACAAAUUCAGUUCAAAUUUCCUGCAGAACUAGACUUGUGUGGGUUGGUAAAAUUUGGGGACUGCACCGAUGCUGAGGCACAUAUAAAUGAUAUCUUAAAGGACGUAGAUAUUACGGAUAAUCCAAUAUUAUUGCAGUGCGAGUUGGGCACACUUGUAGGAAUGCGGGCAUCUGUUUUUAUACACAGUAAGUUUGAAGAGGUGCCUUAUGAAGUUAUGGAAGCAGAACAAUUGUAUCGUGAUUUUUGCUUCACAAAACUAAAAUGUAGCCUGGAGCUAUAUACACAUCAAACAGUGGAGGCGGUACGAAGAGAAAUGCAUACACUACGUAAAUUGCUCUCCGGUGGCAGUUUAGCUUUUUGUUUAGAAUCUACUAAAAUAUAUGUAACAAGCGCGGGAGCUCAAGGGCAGGGUAUAACAAAUGAAUCGCUAAUUAACAAUGUUUUAAAUGCAGUAAGUAAAGCUAUUAGCAGUGCAGAUGAAAAUCAUGAGAAUGUCGAAAAAGGUGGCAAAAAGAAAGUGCAAAGUUCGAGUGUGUCAUUAGCGAACGUAUUUGGAGCACUAGGUUGCGCAUAUGAUAUAUUGCGAAUUAAUGUACUACGGUGUAAAACACGAGAGCGCAAUGCAAUCGAUAGUACGGGCGGCAGUAACCAAGCGGCACCACCAGCAGUUGCGAUGUGUGUCAAACGAGAAGAGGAAAAAGUAUGUAUGCCGUUGGAGGUAGAAGCGAUGGCGAUGCUUUGUAAAAGCACCAAAGUAAGUCGACUGUACGACAUACUUAUCGAAAGCAUAUGUCGCUCAUUGCGACUAUUUGAACAAAGCAUGGUAGAGCGUUUAGAGAAUUCCACUGAAACACCACAGUUGCUUAGGCCUUCUGGCUACCACUUCUUUCCUCAGGAGUUCGGUCAUUUCUUGUCGUGUUCGUACUUAGAUGGGGUAUCGGAUGAUGAAACUAGUGUACAGGAUAAACGCAAGAAACUACAUCGGCAUUUUGGAUUACCGGUCACACGACCAUAUUUUCGACGUGCCAACCACUGUCUCUUCUAUGAUGAACUUAGUACUCCAUCGCCAUUGGUAAACACACAUAUAGGUUUGCGACCAAGUGGCAUUACCGACGGUAGACAAUACCUUGUGCAGGGAAACUACCAUUACUAUCAUUAUUUGCAGCAGCAAAUGCAAGAUAAAGGUUGGGGAUGUGCGUAUCGAUCAUUGCAGACGAUUUGUUCAUGGUUUCGGCUGCAAGGUUAUACAGAAAAACCAGUACCAACGCAUCGCGAAAUUCAAAAAUAUUUAGUAAAUAUAGGCGAUAAGCAACCCAGUUUCGUUGGAUCAACACAAUGGAUAGGUUCUACGGAAGUCAGUAUGUGCCUUCAAGGAUUUCUUAACGUUGACUCAAGAAUACAACACGUUACUUCUGGCGCCGAAGUAGCAAAUCUUGCUUCUGAUUUGGCCAUGCAUUUUCAAACGCAAGGUACACCCAUUAUGAUUGGUGGUGGAGUAUUGGCACACACUAUAAUCGGCAUCGAUUACUGCUCUCAAACGGGGAAAGUAAAGUUUUUGAUAUUAGAUCCGCAUUAUACGGGCGCAGAUGAUUUACACACGAUACAGACGAAGGGUUGGUGUGGCUGGAAGGGUGGCGACUUUUGGGAUAAGAAAAGCUACUACAAUCUGUGUAUGCCACAGCGACCGAUUAUAUUUUAAAAAUACCAGUGCGAUGAUUGCGAAUGUUUUCAAAAGUUAUUGUUUACUCAUUUUUUACGCGUAAAGAUUUGUUUCAAGGUUAGUUUGUUACCAUUUGCAUUUUUAUUUUCGUUUGUUUUGUUAAUUUGCUUUGCAUGUAAAAUUAGCAAAUUGUAUGUUUGGCAAUAUGUCUUAUUUUUUUAUAAUAGAAAAAAAAUAUAUUCAAACAAGCCAGUA